AUGUCUGAGAUGUGGUUUUGUGGCCAAGGCUCAUGUACGGGUUAUGAUUUUUCUUCCUUAUUCGGAGAGCAGGACGCUUCAGAUGAGGAGAAUGAAAACAUUGAUUAUUACUUUUGCACAGCAGCAAGCUUUGAUAUUGCAGAAUUGGACGGAGAUGAAUCCUAUGGAAACGAUACAGAUUUAAAUGAAGGAGAUGAGGAAGAGGAGUACGACGACGAACAAGUACCCUAUUUUCCAACUAGUACAUUUUCUAGAAUUAUUUACAAGCCAUCACGAUUGUUAAGAAGACCAGCAAAAAGAGGUGGAAAUCAAACCAUAGCUCGAGGAAGAGGAAAAUUGUGGAUGAGAGACGAUCAUUUUCGGAAAAACGAGCCAUGGGUCAUCAGUCGAGUGUGCAGCGGAGGAUUUCAUACGCAAUAUAAUUUAUUCUUUAUUGAAAAUGAUGAAAGAAAAUACUUUUAUAUGAGCAGUGAUACUUUACAAGUGUUGCGAAAAUUUGAAUUUUCGGUAUUGUUCGAGCACAUGUUGAAGAAAAUGAUUCACAAUCAUCAAACAAAUAAUUUAUCUUCUUCAUCGGUUCAUACAGAAAUAGUUCUCUCUGAAAUAAUAUGUGGCUCUCGAGAAAUGAAAGAUAUCAUUUGUAACAAUGCAAAUUAUGUACUAUUUGAAAUGAUGGAUGGAAGACUAUAUUUGUUUGAUAUAUGGAGAAUAAUACUAUUUCCAUUUCCAGUUGUAAAUUUUAAAAGCGACUCAAUCAUCAUUUAUUCGAAUAUCAUGUCAGAGGAAAUUAUUUGUUACCUGAAGAAUCAGGAAAGAACACUUCGAAUUUGGAUCUCACAGGAAUGCAACAAGUCAAUAUCAUUACCAGUAGAAUGUAACACUCUCAAACAAAUUGCAGCGUAUUCAGAGAAUUAUCACUAUUUCGUCGAUGUGCAAAACCAAUUAUUUAUGCAUCAGCACAGUAUUUUCUCAGGCUCUUCAAGGGCGAUCAUUGAUGACAUCAUUACUCAUGUUUCACUUCCAAAUCAUGAUGAAAUUGCUGGUUCCAAUGUUAAGCAAAUUUGUUGUGGAGCCUCGCAUAUUUUAGUGUUGUUCGACAAUGGAAUUGUGCUCGCUCGAGGAUCCAAUCAGUAUCAGCAAUGUGGUGUGCAUGGGACAACCAAGUUGUUGGAAUUUGUGACAAUUAAUGUUUCUUCUCCAGUCAAAUCCAUAUCUGCUUGUCCAAACUGUAGCGUAUUAAUGACUCAUAGCACAUUCAUAUUUAUAGGAGCCGUGUUCGAUCCUUUUGAAAAGCAAGACCAGAAAUCAAACAGGAGUUACCAUGAGUUGUAUUCUCGCUUCACAUCAAUCUAUAUCAUUUCGAAGGAAAAACAAUUCGAAACUGUCGAAUGUGGUACAUUAUGUUGCUUUGUAUAUCCAAAGCUCUACUUGAGCUUCUAUGAUGCCUUAAGAGACGGAAUUCUUCAAUUCUUUUCUCGUUUGAAUCAUCAACUCAUGGAAGCAAAUCAAUUUAGGAAUCAUCCUUGCAAUUUCACAGACUUGAACAUGGUUUGUUUGUGA